AUGGAUCCUGCUCUUGAAAAUCCAUUGGCGAGCUUCGAAGACCAGCAAUACGAUAGCGUUUCAGCUCUCUUCGCCAAUGAAUCAGACCACAUGCCUUGUCCACUCUCUUUCAAAUCCUCCGAUCUUCGUUGCUUUAUUCGACGCCAUGCGGUUUCGCAAAUCUUUAAUGCGCAGCUGUGUUAUGGUUUAGAUCCGUUUGUAGUCUACCUCUCUGUCAAUUACAUCGACCGCUUCCUCUCAAAACAAGAAAUUCUGGAAAAAAAGCCGUGGAUUGCUCGCAUUCUGGUAGUUGCAACUCUAUCACUCGCUGCGAAGAUGAGCAACUGCAAUAUAGCAAAUUCACUCUCCGAUUUACAGAGAGAAAAUGGUUUUGAAUUCGAUGCACAUUCAACCCAGCGAAUGGAGGCUGUCAUUCUGGCGGCUCUGGGAUGGAGAAUGCGAUCCAUCACACCUUUCUCAUUUCUCAAUUACUUCCUCUCUUUAUUCGAAAUCGAUGAUUCUUCGUUAAUCGUGGCUCUCAAACAACGAGCUUCAAAUAUUAUCCUUGAUUCGCAACGCGAUUUAAAGUUUCUGGAGUAUAAACCAUCGACAAUCGCAGCCUCAGCGCUUCUCUGUGCAACUCGGGACUUGAAUCCACUCAAGUUUUCUUCAUUUAAAGACGAAAUUUCUUCCUGUCAAUACAUAAAUCAAGAGAGGUGGUUAGAUUGCUUGCGCGCAAUGGAAGAAAUGUUGGCGAAUGGGUACGAGUCAACUCUUCAUGCAUCACCGAGUUGUCCGUUGACGCCCAUCAGUGUCCUUGACUUGCAACAUACGAGAUCUGUAACCGAGAAUAAUUAA